CCAGGAAGUAGUCCAUCGUCACAGGCUCAUCGUUGGUAACAGAUACAUACGAUCCCCGUGCAAGCCAUCCGGCCCAGGCUCCAUGCUACAGGUGUGAUCGCGAUCUGAGCACUACCAUACCAAGUUCUACUUCCACCGUGGCACACCAGCAAACAUGUCUUCCGGCGGCGGAGCGGCAGCAGGCGGCGAGCUGGUCAGCUCAAUGUACGCCAACGCCUUUGUCGGCGGCAAGCCGCGCGAGAGUUUGCAGGCCAUCCAGACGCGCCUCCGCAAGGCACGCGUGCUCAAAGACGAGCUGGCAGACUACUUUGCGGCGCGCAGGGAGGUUGAGGAAGCCUACCUCAAGGGACUCGCAAAGGUCGCCAAGAGGAGCUUUCUCUCCGACCCUUCGUGCAUGCCGCCGUCCUUUGCGCCGAUCUACGAGCGCCUCGUAGGCGAAAUUGCAGAGGUCGCUAACGUUCACGGCGAGCUCGAGCGCAAGAUUGCAACCGAGUGCGAAGAGGCUGUUCGAUCGGCCCACAAUAAAGGCGCAUGGGCCGCCAUUCGAGAUUAUGACGACCGGCUAGGAAACACGGUCAAGGAGCUGAACAGCCUCGAGAUGCAGCUUUCGAAAGAUGCCAAGAAACUCGACUCUGCAUCGGGCAAAAAAGUUUCUGCGGCGCAACAAAAGGUUGCCGACACGCAGCGCGCGAUCGACGACAUGCAGAGUCUCUGGGUGCAAGAUGCGACGCAAGGGUUCAAGAUAUACCAGCGUAUCGACAAGGAGCGCCUUAACCUGCUCAAGGAGGUCGUUGCCAAGUUCGAGACGGCCAGCGCGGAUGCGGCGCAGAAGCUGAUGGGCAUCUCCGAGCAGACCAUGCAGGUCUGUCUCAGCUUUGAUGUCAACACUGAUAUGCAGGAGUUUGCGCUCCGCGAAGGUAACGCACAUGCCGUUUCCGCGCGUUCCGCGAGGCAAUCUCUCGCCAGAGAGGGAGGGGGGGCUGGUCCCGGUGCGCCGGCGCUACCGACACAAGUCAGCCGCAGCGCCUCGAACGCUACAGCGCGCACCAACGCGACAUCCGCCACGCGGGACGGCGGCGUGCGAAGAAGUGACAUGCCGCCCCCGCCUCUACCGGCUCCGCGCCAAAGCAAUACAGCCGGAUCGGGUAUGCCGCAGUCGUUCAAUACGAGCAACAGCAUCGCUGCUACUGAAUUCGCCGCGGUCUCUGGCACAGGCGUAGCCAGUUCGUCAGCGGCAUCCAUCCACUCCAUCGGUCAAUCCUCGAAGCGCGGCGCAGCCGGUGCCAUCACGGACACUCCUACGUCCACCAAGUCAAAUGGAACGGGUGCAGGCGCCGGAAGCGGAGCAGGGGGUUCGUUCAAGAGCGCCUUCAGCCGUUUCGGGCUCGGGCGAAGUGGUAAGGACGUUGGCGGUAGCGGCGGAGCAGGAAACACGAGCACGCUCUAUGGUACGCUCAACGACGAGCCGGAUUCGUCUUUCAUCGACGCCGGCGCGACGAUCAAGCGUUCCAAUACGAGCGCUGCACAGCCGCGCAAGAAAAGCAUGUUGGAUGAUGACGAGCCCCUGUUUGAUCUCAUCGGUGCGGGUGCGGGCUCUGGCUCCGCGUCACGCAGCACGUCCAAUGGGCCGCCGCGGCUGAUGGACCUGCCGCAGCCCCCCAAAUUGAGUGAUGUGACCGAGAUGAACGGAAGCGCUGCAGCCGGUAACGGGCGCUUGGGCAAUAGCACCAGCGCUUUCAGUCUCAACGGAAGCCCUGCGGCCUCCACUGCACCGCAAGUAGACAGCGAGGGCUACUCGAUUCCGCCGCCGGAUAGAAAGCCAUGGGAAUUCGGAGCGAGGGUAUCAUCCUUGAUGGAUGGCGAUGGGGAUGACGAUGUUGUGUCGAAUCUGGCUGCUUCCCACCGAGUCAGCACGAUGAGUAUCAAUGCGGCGCCCGUGCCGCAAGCCAACUCGGCCGAGGACCAAGAGGCGCUGGAGAAAAUGCGCGCCACGCUCGGCGCGCCCAAAGCGGCGCCGAUCCGGCGCAACACGACCAGCAGGCGCGAUCGACGCGAUGUGCGCAACACCGUCUAUAACCCCGCGCUCGGCGAGGAGUCACGACCGAUGAGUCAGUUUGGCCUUGGAGCACUCACCAUCCCCGAGCGCGGCGAUGCUGCGGCAGCGGAAAGCUCGGCAGCUGGCAGCGCGCAUCCCUCCCCGCUCGCCGCCACAUCCACACAGAGCCUGUUCGCGACCAAGUCAGGGGCUUCGAGCGCCAGCAGGACGGCAGAUGGCAGAACGCAGAGCAUGCUCUCGAAUGUAUCUUCCUCACGCGCCGCUGCGGAUCCGUUCACCAAUACCGCGCUCGGCGCCAGCGGGAUCUCCACGGCGAUCACCGAAACGGUGAACGUGUUGUUCAGUGGCAAGGAGCUCAGCAAGAUCAUGGUCGUCGGCGAAGUCGGAUUGUCACUCAAGGACGUCGUCAGCACCGAGCCAUUGCACAUCCGCGUCGACGCCUUUGAGCAGCUCGAGAAAGCUGCGCCGAACCCCGCGUUCCUCACGGCCAUCUAUGGCAGGCCAGGCGAGUACAAGCUCGAUGUCGCCGCGCUUCUUGCGCAGGGCAUCGGCGGGACCGCGCAGGCAACCGUGCUCAAGUACCAGCUGUACGUCAGCGACGAUCCCAUCCGCCGUAGACGCUAUCUUCCGCUGGACGUCUCUGCGCAGUGGCGGUGCGAAGACACGCAGACAUCUCUGCUGCUCUCGUACAGUGUCAACCCCGAUUCAAAGCUCUGCACUGCGUCCGCCAACAGCGACGAGCAAGAGGCGCGACUGCACGGAAUCAGCUUUGUCGUUGGCAUUACGCCGAGUAACGUCUCGUCCGUCAUGAGCAAGCCCAGUGGCACCUGGAUCGCAGAGAGCAAGAAGAUGCAAUGGGCCCUCCCUGACGAACUCUCCUUGGGCUCCACGGCAGCCUCCGCUACGGUACAAAAGGUCCUGGCGCGUUUCCAGGUCGACGCAAAGUCCACUCCGCAACCCGUCGGUGUGCGCUGGACUGUGCGCGGGAAGACCCUCAGCGCGCUCGGCAUCUCGGUGGUGCAAGACUCAACAGAGGCACCGAGCAAAGUCGCCAUUGCCGAAACCGUGCGGCAGUGCAUUGCAGGCAAAUUCUUGGCGGGACCGUGAUGGAAUCUUCAAUACCACUCUCCCUUUUAGUCUCGGGCUUUCCACUCGCCCUUUGUAUUCCUCCCAGCGUUGAAAACGAUGAUUACAAAGCU